AUGCCACCUGAGUUACCCAAACUUUCUGAACUACCAGAACCAGAAAAAGGGUCGGAGGAGGGAGAAAAAGAUUCCUUAGCCACGUUCGAGAAUGUUGAAGACCAAAUUAGCGAUAUUGCACAAGGAGGUCGUUUUGGACAUCGAAUAGAUCAAGACAUAGCAUUUCCAAGUGAAAUUUUAGAUAUUAUUUGCCAGAAUAGAAUAGACCAAACAGUUUCACGUCAGUAUAAUAAAAUCUUAGAUAAAAUCAAUAAAAUGGAGCGAAAUCAAUAUUCAGGUUGGAUAUAUGAGUAUGAAAAAAAGAUCUUUCUAGAAAUAAGUAUGUACCAACUACUCCAAGAUAGUUUCUAUUUUGCAUUACCAAAAAUAUGGUCCAAACCUCAAUUAGAAAUAAUUAACCCUCAAAAUACAGAUGAAAGAUGUUUCGAAACAUGUAUGAAAGCUUAUUUAACAAGUGAAGAGGCCUGUAGACAGAGUCAAAGAGCAAGAAAUCUUCAUAAUGUUAGUAGGCUACAAUGCUUUAAUAAUAUACUAGACUUCUCUGGUAUAAAUUUUCUAUUCACAUUACGUGAUAUCGAUAUAUUCGAAGAAAAUAAUCCAAAUUAUGCAGUAAAUAUGUUCUAUCCUGUACCAGAAAAAAAUAAUAAAGAGCAAGCAACUAGAAAGUUGGACCCACUCCGUUUAUCAAAGUAUAAUUAUCAAAAAGAGUAUAUGGUAAAUUUAAUUUUAUUUACUAAAGGAGAGGAAGAUUUGAGGGAUUGCUGUAAUAUUAAUGAAAUCUCUCCAGGAUUAAAUACUCAUUACUGUCUCAUUAAUGGUGAAAAUGGAUGGAAUAGGAUUAUACGAAAUUGGAAUAAGCAUCAUGGGUAUAAAUAUUUCUGCCAUCACUGUAUGAUUGCCCUAUUUUCAAGAAAGGAUCUACUUGAAGAACAUAUAAAGAGUCUAUAA